AUGGAUAACGAGUCUUCAAAUCCCGACGUCACCCUUCCUGCUGGGAAACAAAAUUAUAAAUUCUCAUUUCGUUUGCCCAAUGGCGGUCUUCCUUCGUCGUUUGAAGGCGAAUAUGGAGCUGUUAGAUUUUGGUUGAAAGUUGUGGUUGAUAAACCAAUGUUUAGUUUUAAUGAAAAGUGGUGGAGAUGUUUUACAGUUUUAGAAGAUAUAGAUGUCAAUAAACCUGGCUAUAAAGUUCCGCUUAGGCGUGGUCAAGAAAAAACUGUAUCAAAGGCACUUGGUUUAGGCAAUGCUGGAACAUUGGUUUUGAAUGCUGAAUGCGAUAGAAAAGCGUAUUGCCCUGGUGAAAAAAUAGCACUUAACGUUUUAGUAAAAAAUAAUUCAACGAAAGACAUGGGUAAAUUGAAAGCUAGGUUAAUUCAGAUAUCUGAAUUUAAAGCUAAUGGUGAUAGUAAGAUGUCAGACACACACAUACGUAUUAUUGAAGGUGAAUCGUCUAUUGCAGCUGGACAAGAGAGGAAGUGGGAAAACCAAAUGUUCCUAAUCGACGCCCUUCCAUCAAGUUCAACAAAUAUAUCCUGUCAUAUCAUAGAUGUUAGUUAUUAUAUUAAGAUUUGGGUAGAGGUUCCAUGGGGUUUAGAUUUAUCUGUUCGCCUACCAAUAACCAUUGGAACUAUUCCACUUAAACAGAACACUACGCCACAACCAAAAUAG